GCUGAACGGAAAGUAGUUCCAUCAAUCGUAGAACUCGGAACUAACAGGUGACUUACUUUUCAUUCUUUGUUUUUUUUUGUUUAUUCGUCGUUUUCACUCUUUGCGGACCUACCAAGGCUUCUUUUUCUCACAUGUAUUUCCCAGAGUGGUUACGAUCACUUCGAUCCAACGUGGGGCUCAAAGUUUCAGAAUCACAGGAGCACAGGAGUCUGCUGCCGUCUCUACCGUCGUCCUCAUAUCUGUCCUCCUCGUCCCUUCUGGGUUUAGGAGCCCUGGCCUCCCUCACCGCAUACUGGCUGGUGACUCGUCCACGCCCCAUGCGUCCUCCGUGUGACCUUCAAGUUCAAUCUGUACCUGUGAAUGGCGAUCCCACCUGCAGGCGCUCAGCUCUUCUUCAAGAUGACGUGCUGCUGGAGUUCUAUUACGACGACACCAGGACGGCUUACGACAUGUUUCAGAGGGGCCUGAGGACCGCAGGAAAUGGGCCAUGUCUUGGCUUCAGGAAGCCGAGCCAACCCUACCAGUGGAUAUCCUACACUGAGGUGGCAGAGCAAGCACGUUUGCUGGGCUCUGGUCUGGUGGCUAAAGGCUGCAAGCCCAACCCUCAACAAUUUGUUGCCAUAUUUGCACAGAACAGACCGGAGUGGAUCAUUACAGAGCUGGCCUGCUACACUUACUCCAUGGCUGUGGUUCCUCUGUAUGAGACACUGGGGCUGGAAGCCAUGGUCCAUAUACUCAACCUUGCUGGGAUCUCUCUGGUGGUCUGCGACCUCGAGGAGAAGGCGGUCUCUCUGUUGGAGAACAAGGAGAACGGCAACGCUCCCAAGCUCUCCUGCUUGGUUCUCUUUAACGAUUUCAGCAAGGCCUUCGUUGAGAGGGCGAGAAGUUGCCAAGUGGAGGUUGUCAAACUGGCGCAGCUUAUGGAGCUGGGAAGGCAGAACCUUAAAGAUCCUGUGCCACCCCAGCCCCAGGAUCUGGCCGUGGUUUGCUUCACCAGUGGAACCACAGGCAAGCCUAAGGGAGCCAUGAUCACCCACGGCAACAUCGCCUCCAACACUUCCUCUGUCAUUAAGAUCCUGGAGGGUUCCUUUGUCAUACGACAAGAAGACAUUUCCAUCUCCUACAUGCCGCUGGCCCACAUGUUUGAGAGAAUGAUUCAGGUGUCCAUGUUCUGUCAUGGAGCUCGUGUGGGCUUCUACCAAGGAGACAUUUCCCUUCUUAUGGAUGACAUCAAAACCCUCAAGCCCACCUUCUUUCCCGUCGUCCCUCGUUUGCUCAAUCGCAUUUACGACAAGAUUCUGGGCUCCGUGACGUCCCCGCUGAGGCGAGCGUUGCUUCACUACGCCGUGAACAGGAAGCAGGCUGAGCUCAGCAGCGGCAUCGUACGCAACAACAGUCUUUGGGACAAACUGGUCUUCAACAGGAUUCAGGCCAGUUUAGGAGGAAACCUGCGCUUCGCCCUGACUGCAUCAGCGCCCAUCUCCCCCACCGUGCUGUCCUUCCUCAGAGCCACGCUGGGCUGCCUCAUCUUUGAAGGUUACGGCCAGACGGAGUGCACAGCAGGUUGUACCUUCUCCAUGCCGGGAGACUGGAGUGCAGGACACGUUGGCGCUCCUUUGCCCUGUGCUGCUGUGAAGCUGGUGGACAUCCCUGACAUGAACUACUACGCAAAGAACGGAGAAGGAGAGAUCUGCAUCCGUGGUCCCAGUGUGUUUAGGGGCUACUUGAAGGACCCUGAAAGGACCGCCGAAGCUUUGGACAGUGACGGUUGGCUCCACAGUGGAGAUGUAGGCCAGUGGCUUCCUAACGGGACGCUGCGCAUCAUCGACAGGAAGAAGCACAUCUUCAAGUUGUCCCAGGGAGAGUAUAUCGCUCCGGAGAAGAUAGAAAAUGUCUACAUGCGCUGUGUUCCUGUGCUGCAGGUCUUUGUGCAUGGAGAUAGUUUACAGUCUUACCUGGUAGGCAUCGUUGUUCCCGACCCUGAAGUGUUUGUAGACUGGGCUAAAGAACGAGGAGUUGUGGGCUCCUUUGAAGAACUGUGUCAAAAUCCUGACGUAAAGGCUGCAGUGUUGGAGGACAUGAAAGCAGUUGGAAAGAAGGCAGGACUCAAGUCUUUCGAACAAGUGAAAGAUCUUCACUUGCAUCCCGAGACGUUCAGCGUCGCCAACGGCCUCCUCACACCCACCCUAAAGAGCAGACGCGCCGAAAUUCGCCGGGUCUUUCAGGAGCAGAUAGAUGCCAUGUACAGCAAGACAGCUUUGUGACGGGCUGCAACAGAGACUGGACAACCUUUUGAGGUGCAUAAACAUACAACAGGAUGUGUUUGGGAAUAGCACUAAUCCACACACACACACACACCUCUUGCACAUAUAUCAUGUAUUAACUCUUUAAGUCAAUUAUUAAUUAUAAUUAUUGCCACCUAAUGGGACCAAAAGCUGGUAUUUAACUAAUUUCACAAUAAUAUUGUCAAGUUUUCCGUACCUUUAGUAGCACACUUGCAUUUGUACAUUGGCAUUAUUUGAAGGUGGGUUGGUUUGUAACUAACAUGACUUCCUGUCUCACGCACGCUUCCUAAUGAUCGCUUUUGUCAAUCUAACGUGAUUCACUGAAAUCAAGCAUCAAGUCAUCCACGCACGUGUUGUAAAUACCGCUUUGGUUCUAAUGAGCGGACAAUACUGAUUCACUUAUUUCAGUGAAGCUGAACACACAAAUAAAGAUGGUUAGAUUUGGGAAUUGUUUGUCAUCCUUUU